AGGAUGCUGACCGACUGAGCCGAAUGCUGUUUUAUGGGGUAGAGCACUUACAGCCGCAGUCAUGAGUUUGAUGGCGAUAGUCAAGUUUGGGUACACCAUCGUCAUUGUGACAUUUCUGUUAAUGAUAUGGGCGUCCUUAGCGAGGGCGUUAGAAUUACACGUAGACACUGGUCACCCACCGUGUCUAUUUCAAGCACUAUGUACCUGUUCGAAGCCAGCUGGUGACCUCGGGAUAGUCACCUGCAAACAUGUUCCCAUACUCAGGGUACCUGCCGCAGUCAACAGUUCGAAAGUGUUUACUCUUCAGCUCACAGGAAACAAGAUCAGAGAUCUUGAACCACAUUUCUUUCAAGCGACGGGUAUGUACAGGCUGGCUAUAAACCAGAAUCCGCUAGAGAGUAUCCAAGAUGAGGCAUUUUAUGGACUAGACAAUACUCUCUGGGAGUUGGAGCUGAAACACGACAGGCUUACCUCUGUGCCGAGUCGAGCGCUGAGGUACCUUCAAAAAUUGCGACUCCUUGAUUUAACAGGAAACGAAAUAACAGAUAUAACGGGAGACAAUUGGCUGGGCUUAGAGAAUUCAUUGCAGACAUUAGUCUUAGCUGACAAUUCAAUAUCCACUCUUCCUCUUGAUGCGUUUUCCGGACUACUAGUUCUUGAAACAUUAGAUUUACAUGGAAACCAUUUAUCUGUAAUCGACAGUGGAGUCUUCAGAGAUGGUAUGAGCAGACUAAGUAAGCUUCUCCUUGGAGAUAAUCAGCUCACACUGAUUCCUUACGAAGAGCUGUCUCCACUGCGUCAGCUUCGAUACUUGGAUCUUUCGAAAAAUCUCAUCAAGCAGGUUCCACCCGCUCAUGACCUGACUGGCGUGAAGCUAUCUCUGGACUAUCUUAAAUUGGAUCAAAAUAACAUAAAAAUCCUGAUGCCCGGUUCAUUCAAAUACUUUAACAUUCUAAAUACGACAACGCUUAAUGGAAACCCAAUUUUUACUAUAAGGGAGGAUGCAUUCCGAAACGCUAAGAUAAAAACUUUAUCUCUUCGCGACUGCGGUGUUACGGAACUGUCUCCAGCAUCCUUCGCUGGACUUGAAAAUUGUCUGCAGAGCUUAGAUCUGUCUGAGAACAAUCUGACCAUGAUAUCGAAAUUCAUGUUGAACAAGUUAGAUUCGUUGCGUUUCUUGAAUCUGAGAGAGAAUAAAGUCGAUACAAAUUUACUAGCAACGAACAAUCCUUCAGAAUACUCAACGCCAUCUGGUAACAACUUCCAAUACAAAUUGUUCUAUUUGGACAUUAGCGGUUCUUCGUCUCUUGAAAUGAGCUUGCAAGAUGUCAGAAGGAUGCGUUCUCUUCGUUACUUAGCUGUGAGCAAAUUGAUCAAGCGAAGUGUAAUCGCUGAAGAUUUUCUUGAUUUCGGCGUUGAUUUGGAAGAAUUGAGAAUUAUAGGUAGCACGAUUAAUCGAAUCGAAGGAAGCGCGUUUCAACACGUUCGGACGAUAAAAACUUUGGAUCUAUCUGAAAAUAAUAUAGAUUUCAUUGAUCCUUUUGCAUUCGCUGAGCUACAUAGCCUAACAAGCCUAAAAAUGGCCAAUGGUUUAGCAGAUUCGGUAAAAAUACUGCCAUUUGAACCGUUAAAGGCUCUUAUUGAGUUGCAACAUUUGGAUUUAAGUAACAACAAGUUGAAAAACGUACCAGACACCUCAUUCCACUUUAUGUAUAAAUUGAAGACGCUCAAUUUACAAGACAACUUGAUUGACCAAUUUUCGAAAGGAACUUUACAGAGUGAUAUCCACAAAGAACUAGAAAGCGUAUGUUUGUCGUUGAAUCAAAUGCAAAGGAUCGAUCAACACACAUUUGUCAAUUUGAAAGAGAUACAGGAGAUUCUCAUCGAAGACAAUUUGAUAGAAACUGUGUACAGAAGAUCAUUCACAAGCUUAGAUAAUCUGAAAGUAAUCAAAUUGAGGGGAAACAUUAUUACUGAAAUAAGCGAGGAAGCUUUCCAAAACUUACCAGCACUUAAAGAGUUAGAUAUAUCCUUCAACCAAAUGGAAACCUUUAAAUUUUCAAUAUUCGACCAAGUGGGAUCUGCUACUGCUUUGAAAGUAAAUGUAUCAUACAACAGAAUAAUUUCGCUGACUGAUUCGAAUGCUCCAAGUUUCUUUACAUCAAACUUCUAUCCACCACCUAAAGCGCAAAGUCUUGGAUCUGUAUCAGUGAAUAUACGAGUUUUGGAUUUCUCUCACAACAAUAUUUCCUACAUUGCACCAUAUUAUUUUAGACAUGCCGACUUGACAAUAUCAGAGCUAUAUCUUUCCCACAAUAUGAUAAGAAACGUAACGCGAGAAGUUUUCGGUUCGAUGCUGAUGCUGCAGUACUUGGAUCUGUCUCACAAUCAAAUAUUUCACAUGGAGUAUGAUUGCUUUAAAAAAGUGAAAAACUUACAGAUAAUAGACCUGUCCCAUAACCACCUGGUUGAGCUGCCGGUGGAGGUGUUCCACGAUAUGCAGGCGCUCACCGCCGUCGACCUCUCCGACAACAACCUCAAGAACCUGGCCGACAACCUAAUCAUAUCACCCGCUUUGGAAAGGCUAGAUUUAUCAGAUAACGAUCUAUCAAGAAUACCAACAAACAGUUUAUCGCCAGCUGCAGCUAUCAAUCUCGUCGAACUUGACCUGAGUGGAAACACUAUACCCGCGGUCGCCAUCGCAGACUUAGUUCAACGAUUCAGACACGAACCGAGCGAGUACUGGUUGGAGGAGCCCGACUACAGCGAGGAGUACAUGUACCACACCGCUAGGCGCGACCACCCGCGCGUGCUGCACCGCAAGAUACAGUACCCGCAGAAUGUGUUGUUUAAGUCGCUUGCCUGGUUGGACCUUUCCGACAACCAUUUGGUUAGAGUUGAAAGCGGUUCUUUCACGGCCUUGCCAAAGUUGCUUUGGUUGGAUUUGAGUAUGAACACACCGUUCAACAGCGGUGAACGUGAUAGUAGUAUCUUUAAAGGCUUAGAAAGGAGAUUAUCGCAUUUGGGGCUAAGAAAUGUCAGCCUAACUUCUGUGCCAUCAAUGCCAAUGCCGAAGCUAAAGAGUCUGGAUUUGUCUUACAACAAUCUUCCAUCAGUGCCUACGGACAUAACAGCAAAUUUGACGCGUCUUCGAUCUUUAGAUCUUUCCUACAAUGAUUUAACUAAUGUGCCAGUAGCAACUCACUCGUUAAGUGAUCUCCGUUGGCUAUCUUUAUCUGGAAAUCCUAUAUCAGCUCUUAUGAACACUAGUAUGUAUGGAGUUUCACCACGCCUUGAAUAUCUUGACGUCACUCAUCUAAAAUUAAGUAUAUUAGAGCAUGGAGCUUUCAGUAAGAUGUAUGGUUUACGAACACUCAAAUUAUCAGUAAAUGGGAAUGUUAGGGAUUUCAAUAUUCCAAAAAUUCUUACACACAAUGAUGCUCUUGAAAAUCUUUUUUUGCAAGUAGACAGUGGUCAAGUCGAUCUGAGCAAGGAAAUGCAGGGACUUUUGCCUUCCAAAUUAAAUAAUAUCACUAUAACGGGAAGGGCACUAAAAUUCCUAUCACAGAACAUUCUACAGGGUGUAACAUCACAAACACUCAAACUAACAAUCUACAAUACAAGCAUCGAAGAAAUAGAAAGCGAAGUAUUCUGGAGACCAGGACGGAUCAAGAACCUGACUCUAGACCUCAGGAACAACAGAAUCGCGAGAGUACCAAAUCCAGGCAAACACGAAUGGCCGGGCGUCCCCAACUCUCUUUUCCUACACGAUAUUUAUGUUGCCGAAAAUCCUUUGUAUUGUGACUGUCGUAUUGGGUGGGUACAAGCUUGGGAUAGAAAAAGAAGACAGUAUCUUUGCGAUGAUCCGUCAAAUUGUAUCGCAACGAGAGAUGAUGUCCGUUUUGCAAAAUGUCCUUCUCAUUACAACCGGACAUUCAGUGAUGUAAUAGCAAAGGACUUAGACUGUGCCUGGAGCCGGGGAUUUCUCAGAUCACCAAAUCUCUACAUAAUUAUAGCAAUGACGAUCCUGACAUACUUUUACAUUUGAGGUUUAUUUUGGGUCCUUGGUAUAUCCGAAGAAUUCUACAAAGUUAUGGAAAUGGUCUACAACACGAAAUAGCCUGAAAAGGUUAUCGACCCUAGUCAAAACUAUUUUAAAGUACCUGCAAAGUGGCCUACUGUUUCCGAUAAAAAAUACCAAAACCUUUUUAGUGCCGUGAUUUCGGAAAUUAUCUGAGACAUAGUGGAUUGGGAUAGAGGAAUAAGACGUUUUACGAUUGCUUAAAAUGUAAAUCAAGUGAAGCCUAUAAAAUAAAUGUGAUUUAUCGAUAAAUCAGAA